AUGGCAACGUUUACGAAUUAUCUUAGGAGAGAAAAAUUAAAUAUAUUCCUCUUUUGUGUUAAAAGUAAGAAUGGAGUAAAUGGAGGCGGUGAGGAUAAUUUGGGAAAAACUUCAGAUUCAGGAUUUGACAGGUCGCUAGCCGAAAAGUCAGAGAACUUCAGUUCGUCCUUUGGAGGAUUUUCCGGAAAAACAAAGGUUGGAUUAAAAGGAAAAGGAAACAAAAUUGAUUAUUACAAUGUGUUAGGAGUUCCUAGAGAUGCGACAGAAAAUGAUAUAAAGAAGGCCUAUAAAAAGUUAGCCAUGAAAUGGCACCCAGAUAAACACUUAGAUGAGAAGGACAAAAAGGCUGCGGAAGAAAAAUUUAAGGUUAUUUCUGAAGCUUAUGAUGUUUUGUCAGACCCAGAUAAAAAAAACGUACGAUUUGUAUGGUGA